CUACGCAUGUGCUAUUAAAAUUGGAGUGAGUAUUGUGGGAAUGUUUUAAAAAUAAGGAUUCUGGAUACAGAAGCUCGUUAUUCUCGAUUCGACUUCGUCGUACCAUCGUUAAGAUCGGUUCGGUGUGCUUUCGUGUAUAGGUACUACUUCGUAGAAAACUUUUCAUUUAAAAAAUGUUUGCUGCAAUCUUUGCCUUUGUGUUCGUGACAGCAUAUGCUGCAGAUGAAAUACCCUCCUACAUUCACGUGUGCAGCAGUAGAGAUCCAAAACUUGAUCAAUGCAUUUUGGAAAACAUUGACAAUAUAAAAGAUAAGAUCUGCGAAGGUAUCCCGGAAUUGGACAUUGAGCCGAGCAAUCCAUUCCUUCUUGGCAGACUAGUUAUUUCUGAUAACCAUAAUUCCAAAAUAGCUAUCAGAGAUGCAAAAGUGUCAGGACUUUGCGAUUUUGUCAUAAAAUACCUUCGUACGGAUCUCGAUAAACUCCACUUCGAUGUCGAGCUCUUAUUCAGGCGGAUCCAAAUGAAUGCCACAUAUGAUUUCGACAUACGUUUAUUGGUCCCCAUUGUACAACAGGGACCGGUUUAUAUAACUACAGAUAAUGUAGAGGCAAAAGUAAACAUGGACAUGAAAAUAGUGACGAAAGGUGGCAAAAGAUAUGUGUACAUGUCAAAGAUGAAGAUAAAUCUCGACAUCAAAGGAUACGACGCUGAAUACGGAUUGGAUAAUACGGAAUUGAACCGACUGAACCAACUUAUUAGCAAUUUCAUAGGCAACAAUCAACAGGAGGUUAUUAAUGUCUUCAAGCCGGCAAUUGAAGAAGCAGUAGUCAAACGAAUUCUCUUGCUUUCCAACAAUAUAGUUAAACACUUUACGUUCGAGGAGCUCUUCCCCGAUCGAGCAUAAAUCGCCUAAGUUUUUGAUAUCCAUUGUCACAAAAUUAUUUUGUUCAUCUCAUAAUCCACUUAAAGAAUAUUCAAAACAAAAUACUUAUAACAUUUUCAAUUUAAAUUUUAAAUGCUCUGUGUGUUAUUUUCAACAUGAUGCUUAUGAGGAUUUUAUAUCGCAAUAUUUGAUAUAAUAGUUGCAAAAUUAUUAGAAGGCAUACAAAUAUAUAGAACAUAAAAUUGCGACAAUGUAUUGUCUCUUAUACGUGUAUCUUUAUAUUUAUGUCUUACAAUAUAUUUAUAUAUUCUACAUACGUGUUAACCAUCUCCUGUAUACUGUGUAUCUCUUAUUUAUCUAAUUUAUAAUUUUAUUAUUAUCAUCAUGCAUUAACAACGUAAAUGUAUUUACAUAUGUUAUGGUCAAUGUUAUGGUCAAAGCCCGAAACACGCGGGUCAUCCUAGGAUUGACUAAUCAAUUCUGCCGAUGGCCAAGCGUCUUAGUCAAAGUUUUGUAGUAGUUUGCUAACAUGUGUGUAUAUAGGUAGUACACAAAUAGGCGGAGAAGACUGUGUGCGGCGAAGGCCCUCCUCGCAUAAAAAACUAAUCUAAUUCCGAGAAACUGUUUUAAUCAAGAACGCUGGGAUAUUCCGCAGAAUUGACCAGUUAUUCUGCAGAAUUAACCGGUCCUAGGAAUGCCACGUUUUGGGCUUUGACAAUAACACAUAUAUAAAAAUAUCUUUCAAAAAAUGUAUACUAAAAAGACAAGUUACUUUAAGAUAAUACACACGAAAUUAAAUAUUGCACGCGUCAUAGUGCAUUUUGUAAUAUUGGAGAAAAACUGCUUCAAAUAAUUAAGUGUUGUGUUUAUGUAAUUAUUUAGUAAACAAUUUUAAAACUAAAUCUGGUAUGUAAUAAUAAAUUAUUUUUAAUUUUAAA